AUUGUUUCAAAAAUCCACUGGACCCUUUCAUCAAGAUAGAUUUUUAAGCAUUACAACCACGAAAAAGUGUCUAUACACUACAAGCAACACACUCGCAGACAUAACGUACCCGAACAAUACGUAAAACCAGACCAAUUAACGCAGGAAUAUUGUGGAAGCAAGACAGGUCAGUUAAGAGAGAUUGAGAAGUGGUAGUCACAGAGCCCGAGUCCACCCAUAAACUUGACAAGAGCCCGAAGCUAUUCUUCCAAACAAAGUAGUAAUGACUGCUAGCACAUACAAUAGGAGAAACUCUAGCGCUACGCCAUACGUGAUACCGGUCAAGCAUCAGAACCACAUAAAUCAACAUCAACACCAGCAACAUCACCAGCCUCAUAUUCACCAUCCCAGUCAUCAUCACUCGAACAACCAGCAUGGAAUAAACAACACUCAACACACAUCCCAGCUAUCCACUUCUGUGCCCACACUUUCAAGAGAGUUUGUUGUCAGAAGAAUUAGUGAAGGAGAAAGCGGCAGGUUGAAGGAAGAGCUCCGGUGUGAAGCUUGUGGUAAAGGGUACAAACAUAUCUCAUCAUUGGCCAAGCAUUUAUGGGAGCACACACCUGAAUGGAAUGUCACCAAGAAAUUGUUGAUCUCCAAGCACCAGCAGGUGCAGCUUCUUGAAGCUGCUAGUAUAUUGGUGGGGAUGAAUGACAACCAAAGUACCAGUGCCGGGGGUACUAGAAGAAACUCAUAUAUAGACGGUUCAAUUCCUCCAACCUUUAAAUCUGCGUUCAACGGCGGAAUAUCGGAAACAUACGACCCCAAGCACAAAAACAAGGUGUACAAGAGAUCCCACUCUGUUUCACAGUACCCUCCCUCAUCAGCCCACAGUUAUCACGGCUCUGGAUCGCCAGCAGGGAUUGGAGGGUACUUGGACCACCCAAGGAGGGAACACGGAAUCAAGGGAAGAUCGAACUCGAUUGCUGGGAACGGUCAAGACGGGGUAGAUUAUGAUGAGGAUCACUUGAAGUCACCUGCGUCGUCCUACCACAAUACUGCAGUUCACUUCCAGGACUCACCCCAAGUGUUAUCACCACGCCAGGGACAGGAAGUAGAUAGAAUCGAGUACGCCCAGGAACACGAGGAUGAUGAAGUGGGGAUCAUAGGAAAAAUGGAGACAUAGGAUAAUAUAGGAUUCACCACUAGCUGUUGGUAAGGUAGGAAGUGUAGUUUAGAAAUAGCACGUUGAAUUAGGGCUGUUAUCUCUAGAGACUAUGUGCAGUACCGCACAGGAGUAUUUAAGAGGAAAAUUUUCUGAGUUAGGUCACCACGGACAAGAAUCAGACACUUUGUUUUGGCAGGGUCAGAGCCUAGGCGCCUUUGGGUGUCCUUGGUUCGCACAGACGUCCCGACACCUUCUCUGGGAGAAAUCCUGGACGAGCCGUUUUGGCAAGUCAAUUGAAGCGAGACACGUCUGGUUCGUUCGAAUAGCAAAAGUGCAUCAUAGUACAUCAAAGGAAUGGCCUACUCUUUGGUGUCUCCAAGAACACGAACAUGUGUAGAUUAAGCGAUAUUACCAUGGCAUACGAUGUGCCGAAAGGUACUAUAUACAAGAGGUUUGGCGUGAGCCACAUGU